GCGACACGCAACUGAAAAAGAAAUAAAUUUUAUAGUUUGGUUUAUUCCUAACGAAAGAAGUAGGAAAGUAUCUUUCUGUUUAGCUGUAUCACUAUGAUUUCAAUAAUACUUGGUAGCCAGACAUAGAACUCUUACUCCUACAGACCAAAGCAGUAAAGAGUACUUUUUAUUACGAAUUUGAGAUGCUUAGUUUUAACUAAAAUCAAAAUUUGGUAGACUAAAAACAAAAAAAAAAAACAAGCUUUCAUGGUCGUACCAACUCCGUUCUACGUUUUACGUGGACAUUCAUCCAAUGUCACUGCAAUCGCUUUCGACGAGAAAAACCAUCUUUUUUCAGGGGACGAAAAUGGAUUUGUAAUUUGUUGGUCUUUGUUAGAUAUGCGUCCUCUGCAGGCUUGGUAUGCUCAUACGAAAACUAUCUUAGGAAUGGAAGUUGUCGAUACUGACACUCUGUGUACACAGAGUCGAGAUUGUCGCUUAACCGUUUGGAAAAUGGACUUUGGAAAGAUUAAAUAUUCUUUGGCUUUAUCCGAAUUGAGCAGUAUGCAAUCUCGGGGAAAUGGAUUGUCUCAGACUAAUUUGGACAUAAACAACGACUCUGUUACUAUUUGUUCGAGUAUUUAUAUCAAUGCAUUAACUUUUUGCUCUUUUUCAUAUGAUAAAAAUGCAAAAGUUAUUGCAGUUUCAAACACUAUCAAUGUUGAUGGUAUUGAUAUUUACGAAGCUGAAAGUUUACUAUCGAAGAACACAAAUCAAGGCGAUCACGGUACAAGACUUCAAAAUGAAAUAAAACCCACCAUAAAUAAUGAAAAGACAGGCGCAUUGAUGACCACUUCUUUCGCUUCCUCUGAGGAGUUUUUAUUCUUGGCAGUCGGCUAUGAAAGUGGUCAUGUAGCACAGUUUCAGUGUAAACUUAGCCAAGUGAGAAAUGUGUGUCUUGACUUUCGAGACGUUUGGGUUAUGACUUACUUUGAAAAAUCACACUCUCAACCGGUAUUGUCUGUUAACUACAAUAAAUCAGGGAAUGAAUUAUACUCGUCCGGUGCGGAUGAUCGGAUAGUAAAACAUCCUUCAUCCUUAGAUGGAGCUGCGAACAAUAAACCAAGAGUAUUUCAUUCCAAACAUUGUGGGCAACAAUGCUUGCAAAUUCGUGGAGAUAAUCGAAUUAUUGCUACUGCAGGUUGGGAUGGUCGUACUCGGAUUUACAGCUGUAAGAGCCUUUCUGUAUUGGCUGUCCUAAAAUACCAUUCUUCUAUGAUCAAUUGUGUAUCUUUUUGUUCAUACUCCAAUAUCAUUGCUUUAGCUAGCAAGGAUUCUCGGAUUUCUCUUUGGAAAAUAUACUAGAAAUGGAAAUAUGCUUUUAGACUUACGAUGUUAUAGAGUUUUGAACACCAAUUUUUAUGUCUUCUAUAAAUAUAAAUUAAGAUAUUUAUGUUAUUACCAGUAUAUAUGUGACUUCUCAAAUCCAAACGAG